UGAAUAUAAAAUCAAACCGUGCUUCAAGUGCAUUCACAUUCUGUUAAUAAAUGAGACACAAACACUGUAGAAUUGAUAAGAAAUGAACAAUGAGCAGUUUCUGGAUUUUACUUUUGAUCCUCAGCACCAUGUAUACACUCCAUCCUGGUAGACACUGGGUUACUGCACAAUCUCUAACAAAGCCACAAGUUCAUCAGCCUGAUAAAGAGCUCAGUGUGAAUAUCGGAGACUCUGCGACUCUACAGUGUUGUAUUUCUGAAAAUGUAAUUGGAAUGAUUACAUGGUUUAAGCAACCAAAGAGAGAAAAACCUCAGCUUAUAGUCACAGUGUAUGAAAGUUCUGAAAAAACUAUUCACACUGGAUUCCAAGAGUCUCAUUUUCGAAUAGAAAGAUCUUCAAACUUCUGCAAUAUCUCAAUUUUAAACGUCACUCAGUCUGAUGAAGCCAUGUACUACUGUGCACUCAAUUUCCCUACCACUGUAUUUGCAGAUGGAACUUAUUUACAAAUUAAAGGUGAUCAUGUUACUAUUGCAUCAGAAACAUCUAAAGCAACACUGCAUGGAAACAACACUAACACCAACACACAACACAACACAGUGAUCGGUUUGGGAUCGGCUUUGGGUUUGUUCGCACUUCUGAUCUUCUGUCUCACUUAUUUCAUACUGAGGAGAAGAAAAGGUGAUAAAAUAAAUGCUUCUAUUGAAGAUUCUCCAGGAACAAUGCAGGAAAUUGAAGCUGAAACACUGAAUUACGCAGCUCUAAAAUUCUCCAAGAAGAAAGUCAAAGCUGCAGAAAGAAAAACUGGAUCAUCAGAUGAGUGUGUGUACUCGAGUGUGAAAACAACUGUAAGAUAUUAGAUAUAAUGUAGAUGAUUCAUAACACAGUGAAACACACGAUAAAAACAGUGAUCAUGUUUUAGCAAAUUAAAUAUCUUGACAACAUGGAAAUUUAUUUGUUUUUCAUUUUAAAAGUCUAAUUACAACAAGAUUAUUAAAUAUUUUAAAUAUUUCAAACUCAGUAUGAGUCAGUAAAGUCUAUAUAUAGCAGCAACAUUGCUGUAUACAAUAAUAAAUUAAUUCAUUUAAUUAUUUUAAUUCUGUAUACAUUAAGGUUGUAAUAAUACAUAUUAAAUAAAUUUGUGUAUAUUAAAUAUUAGUCUUUUUUUCUGUUUCCUGUUAAUAACCUAAAAGACAGAGAACUUUGUAAAACUCUUAUAUGACGACAGUGUUGUGCUUUGUGUUGAUUUUAUUCUAUGAUCUGUAUGUCUCUGAACUUUGCUGAAGAAUAAAAAAAUAUAAAUGUACAAGCAAUUAAAUAAAAAAGUGUUGAUAUAAAAUGUAUGUAACAAAACAGGAAGUGUGUCGGAUUCAACACUAUGU